AGUCAUGAUAAUGCAUGUUAUUUCAGAAACACGCGCGCACACACACAUACUUACAAGAAAGAGACACCCAUGCCCCGCUCUCACACUCCGUGUGUGGAUUUGCUUGGAGCAGAUGGUCUAAAAUGAGUUCCUCAGGCUGGAUACUGACUGUGUGUCUUGUGGUUCUUGGAGUGAGCAUUCAUGCCGUGUGGGCUGAAGAUGGGCCGGGCAGCGAGAGGAACUGUUCUGCAAUUCCUCCGUAUCUGCCACCAACCGUUGUAGACACAACUCUCAGACUUCAGAAACUCAGAGCAUCCAUGAUGCCGUUAAAUAUCUCUGCCUACAUCAUCCCAGCGACAGAUGCUCAUUUGAGUGAGUAUAUUGCCCCCAGAGAUGCAAGGUUGGCCUGGAUGUCUGGUUUCACUGGCUCUGCAGGCACAGCAGUUAUUACUCAAAACAAGGCAGUUUUGUGGACCGACAGCCGCUACUGGAUUCAGGCUGAGAGACAAAUGGACUGUAACUGGGAGCUUGAGGAAGAUGUCACCAUUCGCAGUAUAAGCAAUUGGUUGAUCAGUGAAAUUGCUGAAGGAGAUCAGAUUGGCAUUGACCCAUUCCUCUUCUCUGUCGACACAUAUAAAAGCUACAACACCAACCUGGCACCAGCGGACCGGAUAUUGAAGUCUAUCCCGGAAAACCUGGUUGAUAAAAUCUGGACAGAUCGGCCUCCGUUGCCUUCUGACAAGCCCAUACGAUUGCCUGACGGUGUCAUUGAGAGAACAUGGCCGAUGAAGAUUGAGCAGAUACGCGCCCAAAUGAGCCUUAAUCCAUACAAGCCCACAGCAGUGCUCCUGUCUGCGCUGGACGAGACCGCAUGGCUGUUUAAUCUGCGGGGCAAUGACAUCCCUUACCAUCCCUUUUUCUACUCCUACACUCUAGUGUCAAUGGAUGAGAUAUGGCUCAUGGUGCACAAUGAACGAAUAACAGAAGAGUUAAAGGUAUACCUAAAUGCAUCAUGCUACACAGCCAACUGUGUACAGCUGCUCGAAUACAGCUUGGUGCGCACAUACCUGAACUCCUACCUAGUAAGACCCAAUGUGAAAGUGUGGGUGGGCACCGAGUACACAAACCAGGCACUGUAUGAGCUAAUCACACCUGAGGAUAAACUCCUGACCAGCACCUACUCUCCUGUGCUGACCACGAAAGCGGUGAAGGACUCAACAGAGCAGCGUAUUCUCAAAGAAGCUCAUGUAAGAGACGCAGUCGCAGUCAUGCAGCUCCUGAUGUGGCUUGAGAAGAAUGUUCCAGAAGGUUCAGAGACUGAGAUUACAGCAGCGCAAUUUGUCGAUCAGUGUCGCAGCAAGCAGAAGAAUAGCAGAGGACCAAGUUUUGAGACCAUUUCAGCAAGUGGACCUAAUGCUGCUCUUGCCCACUACAGUCCAACGAAUGAAACUGCACGAAAGCUGAGAGUUGAUGAGAUGUAUCUUGUUGACUCUGGAGGACAGUAUCUUGAAGGUACUACAGAUAUCACACGUACUGUGCACUGGGGUGCGCCCACGGAGUUUCAAAAGGAGGCCUACACAAGGGUGCUCAUGGGAAACAUUGACAUUUCAAGAACCAUCUUUCCUGCUGGAACUAGAGGUGUGAACAUGGAGAUGCUGGGACGCAGGGCAUUGUGGGAAAUUGGUUUGAAUUAUGGUCAUGGGACAGGUCAUGGUGUUGGGAACUACUUUGGAGUUCAUGAAUGGCCUGUGGGUUUUCAGUCCAAUAAUAUCCCAUUCCAAGAGGGAAUGUUCACAUCUAUAGAGCCUGGCUACUACAAGGAGAAUGAGUUUGGCAUAAGAAUAGAGGACAUUGCUCUCACUGUUCCGGUAAAAACAAAGUAUGGAAACGGUUACCUGACUUUCGAAACAAUCUCUUUGGUUCCUUAUGACAGAAACCUAAUAAACCCUUCUCUUCUAAGCCCUGAGCAGCUCCACUGGUUAAACUCAUACUAUGAGACCAUCCGAAAUGUGGUGGGUCCUGAGCUGCAGAGACAGGGACUUAAGGAAGAGUAUAAUUGGAUGACAAAGCAUACAGCACCUUUCCUUACAGCUGGAGCUUCAGCCAUCUCCUCAUUUACAUUGUUAGUGACAGUCGUGCUCUCUGCUUCACUUCAUCAUUUGCUUUAAAAGACUGUGUGCCUUGACAAACUCACUUUCAUGUACAAACAGAAAAGCUCCAAUGCUAAAUACUUUCAAUGUGUUGUUUACCCAUACUGCCCUACAAAGGCAAAAGGCAGUUACUUUAUUUUUUGGUUUAAAAUAAGUUAUUUAUAUUUUUGGGACAUUCAAGACCUCAUGUUUAUAAGUAUUUUGAGUCAAUUUUGUUGUUUUUUCGAGAAAUUAACUAUCAGGGAGUAAAUAACUUUACAAAAAUCUAAUCUAAAAAGUCAUUUUUCUCAAUUCUACACUUUUGGGAGUAAAAUUUUUGUUGCCUUUGUAGGGCACAUCUUAGCAGUGGCAAGGCUACAUAAGGGCCAGGGUGGCACUGGCCCACUCAGAUUGACGGCUGGCCCACCCAUUCAGAAGAGACACAAACAAUUUUUGUGGAAAAGUCAAAGAAAUCAAGCAUAAAUUAUAAUAAUCUCUUUAAUGAUAACGCUAAAAUAUGCAUCAUUUAGAAAUAAAUAACUAUUUAUUACUUUCAUGUGUUUUUAAACCUUGCCAAUGUUAACAUUCAAGCAGUGGCAGCUGGUGACUGCUCUUCCAAAGGGGCGCAAAUUCAAAAUAUGUGUUUGUUGCGUCAUGUGAACCCAAAAUAAGUGCGUGCUACACACGCGUCAAAACCGUUUACGAUAAAAGAGACGCUCACGUACACAAAAUACACACAAGACACUCCAUUAACAGUCUUUUAUCAUAAACCCUUUAGACGAAUCUGCAGCAGGCACUUAUUUUGACAAGACACGUGAUGUACACAGGUUCACUCGAUGCGGCAACACAUAUUUUGCAAGAAGAUUAGCUGUUUUUUGUGCGCACAGAAAGUGGCGCAGACACACACACAUACUCAAAUGGACACACACUCAUAAAUGCAUGCACGGAGAUGCACAUUUUAAAAAGCAUGCAAAAACAGAAUCUCUAUGCACUUGACAGGAAAGUGAACACAAACAGUUCAGAAAGAAAUCAGAUGUGUUAAUAUAUGGAUGCGUGCUUAUUUGGUCUUAAAGUGGCAGUAUCCUUAAAAAAAAUCUGAUUAUGUUUGUGCCAUUAUGUUAAUAAAACAACAAAAGACAAAAGGAAAAUCA